AUGAAAGGCUUCAACCGAUUCCUAGGAGCCCUGGGCGGCUUGGCCAUCCCAGCCAGCGCCAGCCAGUUCCCAACCCAAAACACGCACACCUCCCUGGGGAAUGUGAGCCUCCCAGUCCCAUCUCUUGUGACAUUCGGCACCGGAGUCGUCGGCGGCCUAUUCCAUCCCAUUGCCAACGGGGACCCAGCCAAAGCCAAAAUCGGAGUUCUAGUCAUGCACGCUGAGCAAGACUACACAACCUUCUACCCGUGCACCGAACUCCCAGUCCGAGGAUACACGACCCUCUGCCUCAACAACGCACAAAGCAAGACCGGCGAGAUGAGCGACCUCGACUUCGAGACAAUGAUGAGCAACGUCGGAACAGGAGUGGACUACCUCCGAAGCAACCCAGACAUCGAGCAGGUCAUCGUCUGGGGCCAUUCAGGCGGCGGCGCCAUGAUGGCCGCGUACCAGGACGUCGCCGAGAACGGCGCCUCAGCCUGUAAUGGGACCGAAAAGAUCUACCCCUGUUCGAGUGCAAUGGACGGCCUCCCGCCCGCCGACGGAGUCCUCCUUAUCGAUGCGAACUACGGCCUGUCGACCAUGACGCUCCUCUCUAUCAACCCUGCCAUAACGAACGAAUCCACCGGUGCAGAUAGUGAUAUCAACCCCGCCCUCAACAUCUACAGCAAGGCCAACGGCUGGACCGAAAACGGAGCAAACUACACAUCCUCAUUCAUGAAACAGUUCUGGACCGGUGUCGCCGCACGCUGGAAUCGCAUCCAGACGCACGCAAUACAGCGCAAUACCCUGAUAACCGCCGGGAAGGGAGACUACACUGACGACGAGGGCCUGGUGAUUCCCGAUGCGAAUUAUAUCGGGUUUAACAACAAGGCUAUUACCCAGGAUACACACCUUCUGUCGCAUACCGUCCAUAAGUGGCCUCUGCUCCAUAAGAACGGGCGCAAUACCACGCAGGUCGUUCCCAGUGUACGCGUUGCGUCGGCUGGUAUCCCCAGCGCGGUAGAUUCAUUCUACACCGGUGCGUUGAAGACAACAAUUACGCGAUUCCUGUCUACAUUCGCCAUCCGGAUUGACGCGUCCACCUUUGGUGUCACGGCGGACAAUAUCACAGGCGUGGACUGGUCCUCGUCCCAGACGGCGCCGAUUGCGAGUGUGCAGGGCAUUACGAAGCCGUUGCUGGCGAUGGGGAAUACGGGACACUAUGAGUAUUUGAAUGCGGAGAAAAUCUAUCUCGCUGCCAAGUCGAGCGAUAAGUCGAUUGGGUUUGUGGAGGGGGCGCAGCAUACGAUUGAGACUUGUACGGAGUGUGAGAGGGUUCCGGGGGAGUUUGGGGAUACGGUCAAGACGGCGUUUGAUUUUAUGGAUUUGUGGUUGGGGGAGGAGGGGAGGUUUAUCGGGGUAUAA